GGUCUUGAAAAGAACAAGCCUGUAGCUCUUUUUGUUGUUCACAGUGAAUCUUCUUCUGGAAUUUGUCAACCACUGGAUGGCUUUGGACCUCUUUGUCAUGAGUUAGUUAAUAAUAAAAACUAUUUUAUUAUAAAUUAAAAACUGUAUGAAAAUAAUAAUAACAACAAAAACAAGAAGCAUAAUCUGAACUCUAAAGGUUUCUUCAGGCUUAAAAUCAAUGUAUAAAGAAAAAAAAACACUUUGUCUUUAAAAUAAUAUUAAGGGCUAAUAUGGAAGGUAAUGUUUUGGUUUGUAACAAGGGAGAGUUUUCUCUAAGAUUGAAGCCCUUUGGCUGCAAUGGCAGACCCAAAUCCAAGAGAAUGUAGAGAACAGACUUCCACUUUUAUGAGAAAUAAGACAACAGUGAUUUCCUAAAAAUGUUUACAAGGGAUUUAGCACUAAAAAAUAUGCAAAUGGUUAAUGAAAAGAGAUCUGAAAGUCUUCCUUAGACAAUUAUAAAUUAUGUUUAAAUACUGUUAAGCACUGUUUUAUGUUCAGUGUUUAACUGAUCUGUUUUUUGUUCUGUUUUUAGACAUGACUGCUUGUUAAUUGUGGACACUGUCGCAUCUCUUGGUGGGACGCCUUUCUUUACUGAUGAUUGGGAACUUGAUGUUGUGUAUUCAGGUUCUCAGAAGUGUCUAGGUGCACUGCCAGGUGUUGCCCCCAUAACCUUCAGUCCUAGAGCUAUGUGAGUGUUUUCUUUAUUACUUUACUUCAAUAAUACGUUUCUCAGAUUUUGUUUUAUAAUAUUGUGCAUUUAUGAGGCCAGACGCCCCAUUAAGCAGAAAUAAUGGUCAGCGAGAUUUUUUAAAAAGUCUGUACCAGUAUAUUCUGCAAAAUGGACCUGUAUGGAGUCAACGCCUGCAGGCGACUCAGGAUCACUUGAGUUAUUCACCAGUUCAAGUUUCACUGUGAAUACAUAGAUAACAAUGCAAAUCCCUGUUUUAUGGGGGUCCAAUUCAAAUUACAGAAGCACCGUAAUCAAUCCUGCUCAUCAAAAUUUUUUUUAGACUAGCCAAAAAGACUAUGCUAGCCACAGCUUGCCCAAAUGGCAAGUUGAAAAACUGACACCUUCUUUUCACUUUGGGAUAUAUCGCUAUCCCCUGGAUAAAUCUCUAUCCGGUGUAUAUAUAGUGCAAUUAGUUUCCCCAACAAGACGUCUCCGGUGGAUAGUGAUUUAUCCGAUGGAUAGUGCUAUCCAAAUUUUCAACAACCAGAGCCUGAAGUUCAAGGUAGACUGCUCAACCUCCACACCUCUGCCUCUGCUGACUUAAUACCUUGGCUUAAUGUCAUUUGCUUGCUUUUGUUAUCAGGGCUAAGGUGAAUGGUCGUAAAACCAAGGUACCCUCAUUUUACUUGGAUAUGACUGAACUGGGCAACUACUGGGGAUGUGAUGAUGGACCAAGAAGGUAAACUUCUGAAUUCACAAGGAUUUCUCAAUAUAUCCUUGCAUUAUGAGUUUUUUUGUUAGCCUUUUUAGUUCACUAUUGACAAAUUCACCAAAAAAACAAACAUUGCUCCCAAUUAGCAACAGCUGCAUGUAGUUGAGGUGAGCAUUAGUGGAACUGACACACACACAGUAAUAAUAAAAAAGCUCACUAGAGAAAACAGUAGGGAAAAAAGAAAUUAAAAUUGACUAAUACUUUAUUGAAAAAAAGGGCAAACAGGUAAUUAUUUGUAAAAUAAAAAAAUGUUAAAUAAAAACGGAGUUUUCAAGAGAUUGUCAUCCAGUAAGUCUAGGUUAACAAAGAUGCCUUUGCCUAAGUUGAGAAAAAGUGGUACUUUGUAUUAACCCUUUAAGUCCCAAUAGUGACCAACAUCAAUUAUUUUCUCCCAACAAUAUCCAUACAUUGUCAACAGAUAAGUUAUGAGAAUUAAUAAAGUGAUCACCCAAGAAAAAAUACCUUGAUCUUUUAUCAAAUUCUCUCAACUCAUUCUUUAAGGAAAUGUAUGGAGAUCAGUUUGGAGAACUUGUAUGUGGAUACUGGGGCUUAAAGGGUUAAGAGUAAGAGGUGUUAGUGCCUAAAGCAAUUUCAGUUGUUGAGUAGGAUAAUUGCAUGAUGACGUCAUUUUUCUACAACUACCAGAAUCCUUUAGUUUGUUGUUUUCUAGUGCAAAUUAAGGAUGUUGCUUUUUUAAACCUCAGCAGGAUUGACAAAUUUAAAUAAGAAAGCAAAACGAAGUGAAUUCUGGUGGUUGCAGUCAAAUGUCGUCAUCGUGAAAAUGGCCUUUUAGCCUGUGAGCAAGCACCCUGUGGAGUGGGGCUAAGGGAAACUCCCCCCUACCCUCACCCGCCGAUCCACUUGUUCAGAGGCGGGAGUUUCAAGUGUAACUCAAAUUUUAAAAAAAAUCUAUAGAACCUGAUUAAUCAAAUCAACCCUUCUGCAAAAUUUAAAAAAAAAACACUAAUAGUUACAUUUUUUUCAUAGAUACCACCACACAGCUGCAAUUAACCUGGUUUAUGCCUUGAGAGAAAGCCUUGCUAUUCUGGCAGAGGAGGUAAAUUAAAAUACCUGGGCUCUCUUCUUUUAUAUGUCUUAAAUAUCUUCCAAAAAACCUUCCAUAUGGUUGUAAUCGCAGACUGAGUUGACAAUAUCCAUUGUACAGAUCAUACCCUCAAGUCCCAGGUCUUAUCACCCCAAUUGGACGGCUUGUCCGCACGUUUUUCAGGAUUUUACUCUGUCUUAGAGCUAAUGACCAAAAUGUCAGCUUUCUUAUCUCUUAGUUUGUGGUGACUGAUUUCCUCAAACAACUCAGUUGAUAAGACAACCUUUUUUGUUUCACUCAAUGCAGAGCCACUGUUUCUUUACAAAGUAACCCGUUCGUCUUUUUGAAAUUAGACUUUGUGCGUGGUUUGAUGGUUAGUUACGCAACUAUUGUGAUCAUUUAAAGUUUUUUUCUGAACUGCAAUGCAUGCACUGGGAUGAAUCACAUUGUAUGUUGCUGGAGGUUGGUCACCCCAAUUAUCUUGACCUAAAAAAAAAACAAUUAUCUGCGUUGUGAGUUAAAUUUUAAUGAUUUGGCAAUCACCAGGGGCUAGAAAAUUCCUGGAGGCGGCAUCAUGACACCAUUGAACAUUUCUGGACGGGGCUUGAGAAGAUGGGGUUGGAGAUGUUUGUGGCGGACAAG